UGCCAAGCUUUGCACGACUGUCACGUUGCCCACGCUAAUUCUUACAGUGCAAGAAUUGGUGCAAGGCAGUCCCUGCAAGGGAACAACCAGUUGCGCAGCGCGCGCAAUCACUACGCAUCCGUGCGAAGAGAAAAUAGCCCUGACAACACAAGCUCUCCAAGAGGCGACGAUGGGGAAAGGUGAACGCACGCUCUCUGCGACAAAGAUGGACCAGAGCCGCAUCCGCGCGGAGAAGGAGAACGUAGAAUACGUGGAGACAUUAGGCGUCCACUGGCGCAAUCUCAGCGUGCAUUUCAAGGACGUACAGGCAUUAGCGCCGUGCUCGGGCGACGUCGAGGCGGGCCAGGCCGUCGCGCUGAUGGGGCCCACGGGCUGCGGCAAGACGUCGCUCUUAAACGCAUUAGCUCGGAGGGGCCCGGUCGGCGGUGGCCAGGUUUGGUACGGCGACGACCUGGCCUGGUCCUCCGCGUUGAAGCGCCACGUCGCCUUCGUCGAGCAGGACGACCUCGUCUUCGAAGGACUGACCGUUAGAGAAACGUUAGCGUUCUCCGCGCGCCUGCGACUUCCGGCGGCCUCAUUGAAGGAAAAACUGGAGAGAGUCGACGAGACGCUCAAGCUGCUCCGCUUGGAAUCGUGCGCCGAGACGCCGGUCGGCGGCAUGGGCGGCAAGACGAUCUCCGGUGGAGAGCGCAAGCGGCUCAUGGUCGGGCAGGAAAUGCUGACGAGACCUAGACUCCUGUGCUGCGACGAGCCGACGAGCGGCCUCGACAGCGCCACGGCGUGCGUCGUCGUCGAGGCGCUGCGCGACCUCGCGCGGGAGCGGCGCGUCGCCGUCGUGGCGUCGAUUCACCAGCCGUCGUCGCGCCUCUUUCUCCUCUUCGACGAGUUACUAUUGCUGCGAAAGGGCGGUCUUACCUACAGAGGCUCGACGGCGGACGCGGGCGACGCCUUCGCGGGCGCGCCGUUCCACCUGCCGUGCCCUGCGGCUUACAGUGCGCCGGACUGGCUCAUGGAGAUUGUGGUCGAGAACAAGGUCGAUAGUGAUGAUGAGAAGAAGCGGGUCCUCGACGAGCGCUACGGCCCCUCAACUUUACCGCCGCGGACGGAGCCCUUGCGAUCGCUGCGGGCCCAGAAGCGGCGCCAGCGCUACGCCGCGCCGCUCACGGAGCAGAUCGCCGUCCUCAGCCGUCGGUCGUGGAAGGCCGUGGCGCCCAAGGUCUUCAAGCGCUCGUCAUUAUUGCUGCACGGCGGCAACGCGACGCUCGCCGGCCUGAUGUGGUGGCAGCUCGGCUACAAAGAAAAGGACGUCUUCCCGCGCUACACACUGGCGUUCGCGAUACCCAUCGCCUGGAUCUUCUUCCCGCUGCUGGACGCGCUGCCCUGGUUCGGCGCCGCUCAAAACAUGCUCCGCAAGGACCUGGCGUGCAACGCCUACAGAUUAGAAGCGUGGUUCGUCGUCGACUCGACGAUGAAUUUGGUGCCCAUGUGUGCUCAAAGUUUGAUGCAUUUGACGGUCGAGAGCUGUGUGGAUAUCAACCAGUGAGUUAGGUUGCCGCCAUCGAGCAGACGCGGCUACGGAGAAAAUAUCGCGUCGAUGGCGUGGGGCGCCCGAAAUUUGAUUUCCACACAGAUCUUCUAUGUGCUCGCGGGCGUGUCGAGCAACCCGGCGGUCUGGUUCGCGUUGUACGCCGUGCUAGUGGCGUCGUUCCUCACGUUCCAGUCGAUCGGCCUCAUGUUCUCCGCUGGAGUAAGUGGAGAGAACGUCGUGACGGUGGCGAUGAUCUACGUGACCUACGUCUUCCUCUUCACUGGUUUAUUUGUGCCCGUCUCGCAGACGGCCGUGCCGUGGGCCGUCUACGCCAAUCCUUUGAUCUACAUCCUCAAGCUCUCGGCGGACGCCAUUUUUGGGAUUGACCGCAAAAAAUUCAAGUGCGGCAAUCCCGACGACGGCACGCUCUUCCCCGAUUCGUGCGACGCCGGCGGCGACGGCAAAAUCUCGGUGAACGACAUCUACGAGGAGUACCACCUCGACCGCUUCACGACGGGCCAGGCCAUCGUCGCGCUGUUCGUCAUGUUCGUCGUCGCGCGGUCCGUCGCCUACUUGCUGCUCCGGCGGCGCAUGAAGCAGAAGGAGCGCGAACUGAUGAGGUAUCAGGACGCUACGCCGACCGCGGAGGAGGAGUCCAAGGAGGACGUCGCCGUCGCGGGCGAGAAAGCCUAAGUCUAGUGUUCGUGUGAA